AUGUUGAACUUUAAUCAUUUGAAAGGUACCUUGAACGGACGUCGAAAUCGAAACUCGACAGCAGACAACAACAAUACGUCAAGUACUCCUAGCAAUAUUAGUAAGCGUCGCUCGUUGACGAAAAACUCUAAACAGAUAACACCACCACCACGGUCACAGAGUGACGAGAAACUAGACGACCUGUUAUCGGAAAGUACUGUUGACGAAGAAGAACGACAAAAUGAAGGAAAUGACACCAACAAUGAGAUUCGAUCAGAAAAAUCGAAUGAAAGUAUCUCGACUUUAGCUUCUAGCACUGCUAAGGAUUCACCCAUAUUAGCUUCCAACACUUCUAAGGAUUUACCCAUAACAAUCAAAUUGAAACUUGAUAAGCUAAAAAAGUUUGAAGCUCGUGUUCCUGCAUUAAAAAAAUCAUACGACAAGUUAGUGAACGAGAAAAAAGCGAUCGAGACUGUAUUACGCGAGAAUACGCAUCUGGAUGGAAUUUCGGAUGUUGAAGCUUUUGAAGCUCAUUUACGAAACUUAAGCGUAAAGAGUGAGAUGUCGAUGCAGGAAAUAAAAAGAUUGACGCAAGAACACAAUGAGUUAAAACAAAAGUUCAAGGAACUGCACGAAGUUCACGAGACAGUAAAGUCUUCACAUUCUGAAGUAAUUGACGAGCUUCGGAAAAAAUUGGAACAACGUGAACUGGAAAUAAAUACUCUCCAACAAGAAUUCGAAUCACGUCCUGAAAAAGAAAUACUUCAAAUGAACGCUUCCCAAGACCAAGAUGAGGAGAACAUUACCAAACAAGAACAAGAGCAACAUCACCAAACAGAAAUUGGUAAUCUGAGACUGGAAUACGAGUCGAAAAUAAGUGAACUUGAGAAACGAAUAGAAUCAAUUCUCACAAGUCAGAAGCCGGUCAAUGUGAAACAAGACGAUUCACUAAACCUAGAAAUAAUAAGUUAUCAAACCAAGAUAAAAGAUUUAGAGAACGUGAAUUCUGAGUUGGCUAAAUUACACGAAAAAGCCAUCGAAAAUGAACGGGCUCUGGACGGCUUAAACGCAAAAUUGCUUAAAUCCGGGCGAGAACAUGAUGAAUUAUCUGUACUACUCAGUUCACAAAAAAUCGAAUUUGAAACCAAAGUAAAACAACUGGAGCAAGAGCGUGACGAGAUAUCGACAAGAUCGCGAAAAGAGUUUGUCGAAAUGCAAGAAGAACUCGGGAAUAAAGUUGCCGAGUUAUCUAAAGAACUCGAAACAUCAUCGUUAAACUCUAAAUCUCAAAUCUCGGAAUUGGAAAAUCGUCUCACCACUAGAAUUCACGAGCUGGAAAAAGAACGGGAUGAAAUAUCUGAUAAUUCUAAAUUUCAGCUUUCCGAAAUUAAACAAGAGAUGGAAACCAAGAUACGGGAAUUGGAGCGGGAACGUGACGAUAUUGGUGAAAAGACAAAAAUCGAGAUCAUUGGAUUGAACAAGCAGUUGGACAGUAAAGCGCAACAAAUUGAACGGGAACGUGAAGAAUCACUUGCUCUGGGUAGCAAAGUGCAACAAAUUGAACGGGAACGUGAGGAGUCACUUGCUCUCUGUAAUAAUCAAAUAUCUGGACUGGAAUCAAAAGUGCAACAAUUGGAAUUCGAAAAGGAUAAAUUGCUGGAAAAUACCAAAAAUCAAUUAGUUGAAAUGGAACAAUCGAAAAUACUUUUACGUAAAUUAGAACAGGACAAUGAAGAAAUGACGGCCAAUUACAAAGCUCAAAAUAAAAUAUUAGAAGAAAGAUUGGACAAAUUGAAUGCGGAAAAAAACGAAUCUCUCGUCUCUAAUUCCAGAGUACCGGAUUCAGAUGACAACACCUUAGAAAUAACAAUAGAUGAGAAAGCUAAUAUUCUUGAUCGUCUUUCAAAAUUUAAAGAGACAUUAGACACUCUAAAUGAACAGUAUGAAUCACAAAAAAACAGGAAUGAAGAAUUAGAACUAUCAUUAACCGCUUUAAGUCAACAGAUUACUCAGAAUGAUGAAAAUUAUAAUAAACUACAAAUAGAAAAAGAGCAACUUUCUUUAUUGUUACGAAAGUCCGAAUUGAACUACAAUAAUUCAAAAGACCAAAUCGCCGAGUUAACGAAUAAACUAUCGAUCGCUCAACAACAAGUAAUUCAACACCAGGAGACAAUUUCAACUAUAAAAACUACAAACGAACAACUUACCAAAGUGCACGAAGAACUAUCACAAAAACACAAAGAUCUCGGAUUAAAUUAUGAAGAAUCACUAAAGCAACAUAAUGAAAUCGAGUUGGUUUCUUUCGCGCUGACUAACGAAAUCAAAGAACUUAAAGAACGCGGCAAUGAUCUCUCGAAACAAAAAGAUGAGCUUGGCGAGACAAAUAUUGAACUUUCUAAAAAUUUAAAAAUUGCUCAGGAACAGUAUAAAAAUGCUGCUAGUGAAUUAGAACAAUUUAAAGAAAAACACGCGACCUUAGAAUCGGAUAUUGCUCAAUUACACGGUGCAAAAACUGCAGCAUUAGAAAAACUAUCAGAUGUGGAAUCACGACUCAAUUCGUCAUUGGCGCGAGAACGAGAACUAAAAGAUUCUCUUUCAAUAGCAAAAGAAACAAUAAAUCAACGUGACGAAGAAUUAGAAAAUAUGCUAAAGCAGCAAACAGCAGAAAAGGAAAAAUUUAAUAAAUCAUGUGCACUCAUAAAAGUCACCAAGCAAAAAAUCAUGACGUUAGAAGACGAAAAACGAGAAGUAACUGAAGAACUUGAACGCUCCCAAGAAUCAUUGACCCAACUUGAGCAAACAUCCAAUCAAACAUUAAAACAGGAAACUUCACGGUUCAACAAAGAACUCGCCACAAAAACAGCACAAAUUACUCGACUCGAAUCCGCGAAUGGGAAAUUACACGAGGAAAAAAAUUCAUUGUUUGAUCAGUUACAAAUAAAACAAGCGGAAUUCGAGUCAUCGCAAUCAUUACUUGAGAACUUGACAAGUCGCACAAAUGAACUCACACAUCAACUUAAAGAAUAUGAAGAUCGUAUACAAGCGCUCGAAGAGGAACUGAAAAUUAAUAAACGCACGUCUAGGGAUAAAAAUCGGGAAGUGGAGUUACUUCAAGCUAAAGUAAUUGAAUUGCAAAGAGAUUCAGAAACAAAGAGUACUGCUCUAAAGGCGCAAGUGGAAGUUUUAAAAUCAGAAAAGGAAAAUAUUGAAAAAGAAUUUGAGAAUACUAAAGGAUUGGAAGAGAAUAAAUUACAAGAGUUGAAAACUCGAUUGAUGACUAAAGAACAAGAAGUUGAUAAUCUAUUAAAGCGGUAUAAACAAGAGGAUCAUGUGAUAUCAGGAUUAGAAAAAGAAAACCAAGAUUUAAAAGAAGAAAUAAUGAAAUUGGAGGAAGCGAAGAAUAAGCUGCGUGAAGAGCUUUCUAAUACUAGUGAAGAAAUGGCAAGUACCAAAUACCGUGAGACGGAAACAGCAACACAGCGCGACAAAGAAGAAUCCAAUAAAUUAUUAGAAGAAUCACGAAUGCGUGAAAGCCAUUUACGCGCCGUAAAUAAGACAUUAAAAGAUGAAGUUCGCAAACUUCAAAAGGUUACUUUGACCAAUUAUGAUCGAGCCUCAACUUUGCCAUCUCAACCAACUUCUCCAACUUUUUCUUCCAAUCGAGAAACACCACCUAUGACACCAAUAACUUCAUCCUCAUCCUUGCAUCUGUUGGGAAAUUUGUCGUCAUCUUCACUUGUGAAUAGUGACGAUGAUAUACAUUUGGAGUAUAUUCGUAAUUUAAUAAUGAAAUUUUUGGAUUCUUCGAGGAAAGACAGGCCAAUUCUUAUUCCGGUACUUGCAACUGUACUGCAAUUGAAACCAGAGGAUAAACAAAAGUUGGUCGCAAAGUAUGGAUAA